AUGGGUAUUAGCGGCCUAACGAAAGUAAUAGGCGACCAUGCCCCCACGGCCAUCCGCGAAAACGAAAUCAAAAACUAUUUCGGUCGCAAAGUCGCCAUCGACGCGUCCAUGUCCAUCUACCAGUUCCUGAUUGCGGUGCGGCAGCAGGACGGGAUGCAGCUGACGAACGAGGCGGGGGAGACGACGAGUCAUUUGAUGGGGAUUUUUUAUAGGACGAUAAGGAUGGUGGAGAAUGGGAUUAAGCCGGUUUAUGUGUUUGAUGGGAAGCCGCCGGAUUUGAAGGCUGAUGAGUUGAAGAAGCGUCUGGAGAAACGCACGGAGGCAGAGGCAAAGGCAGAGGCGGCGACGGAAGCCGGUGACACGGAAAACUUUGACAAAUUCAGUCGAAGAACCGUAAAAGUCACGAAAGAACACAACAACGAAUGCAAGAAAUUGUUGAGGUUAAUGGGUAUUCCGUACAUUGAGGCCCCAUGUGAAGCAGAAUCCCAAUGCGCGGCCCUAGCAGCAGCCGGCAAAGUCUUCGCGGCCGGUUCAGAGGACAUGGACACGCUCACGUUCGGGUCACCCAUCCUGUUACGGCACUUAACGUUCAGCGAACAGCGCAAGAUGCCGAUUGCAGAGAUACACCUCGACAAGGCGUUGGAGGGGCUGCAGAUGACGAUGGAUCAAUUCAUAGACCUCUGCAUCCUCCUCGGGUGCGACUACUGCGACUCGAUCCGCGGAAUCGGGCCCCACAGAGCCGUCGCGCUUAUGAAAGAAUGUGGAUCGCUCGAGGCUGUUUUGCAGAAACUAGAUCCGAAGAAAUACCCGAUUCCGGAGGAUUGGCCGUAUCAGCGCGCCAGGGAGCUGUUCAAGAAGCCGGACGUGAUUGAUCCUGCUACUAUUGAUCUGAAAUGGGAAGUCCCCGAUGAGCAAGCAAUUGUAGAUUUCAUGGUCACAGAAAAGAACUUCAGCGAAGAACGCGUCCGCACAGCCGUGCAAAAGCUCACCCGCCUGAUGAAACAAGAAACACAAGGGCGGCUCGAUAAUUUCUUCAAAGUUCUCCCGAAAGAUCCAAGCACAAACAGUAGUUUGGGAAAACGGAAGGCGGAUGAGAAAAAGGGGCCUGCGGCCAAGAAGGGCGCUGCUGCGGCGGGAAAGAAGAAGACGGCCGGGGGUGGGGGCGGGAAGCCGAGGCGUUGA